GGGAGGUAAGCAUGUCGAUAGCUCGGGGUGAUCAGAGGUGAACACAAUGUAUGAUAUGGAAUAGACACAGAGAAACAUGAAGGAAAAGAAAAUCACAGAGGAUGUUGUUGAUGACGAUGUACCAUGCUGUUUCUCUCAACGCUGGAAGACAGCCUACGUCAGCUUCUUGGGGUUUAUCUGCGUUUAUGCCGUGCGAGUGAAUCUCAGCGUAGCUAUCGUCUGUAUGGUAAAAUCCCAGAAUCCCAGCAAUAGCUCACGUGAUAAUGCCAGCACCCUAAGUCCAUGUACUACUGACGACGAAAGUAGCUCCGUGUACGAGCACGCCGAGUUUGAUUGGUCUAAAACCACCCAGUCUACGAUUCUUGCGUCCUUCUUCUACGGUUACAUCGUCACCCAGGUUCCCGGAGGAUGGCUGUCCGACAGGUUUGGGGGAAGACGGGUGUUUGGUAUUGGGAUGUUCAUUGCCUCCAUUUGCACAUUGGUAUUUCCGGUAUGCGCGCGCAAUUCAGUAAUCUUGGUGUAUGUUCUACGAGUUCUUCUUGGCCUAUCAACGGCGGUGUCAUUUCCCGCGGUUCAGUCGAUAUGGGGACGGUGGGCACCGCCAUUAGAAAGAAGUAAACUGAUUUCUUUCUCCUACCUAGGUACUAUGUUUGGAAUGGUGCUGACUUUGUCUACCUCGGGUCUUUUAUGCCAGUACGGAUUUGACAACGGAUGGGGCUCGAUCUUCUACAUCACAGGUGGCCUAACUCUGUUAUGGGUCUUUGCAUGGUUCUACGUCACAGCAGAUACACCAGAUCAACAUCCACGCAUUUCUAAGGCAGAGAGAGAUUAUAUAACCUCUUCCAUAGAAUAUAAUACAACAAUACGGACACCGAAGACACCUUGGAAGUCGAUAGCGAUGUCGUCUGCCGUGUGGGCGUGUCUGACGGCCCACGUGUGCAAUAACUGGACAAAUUACACCCUGCUCACCAGUCUCCCUACCUUCAUGAAAGAAGUCCUCAAGUUUGACAUAAAAAGCAAUGGAGCGCUUUCAGCGUUACCGUACAUCUGCCAGGCGGUGUCCGGAUUUCUGGCGGGUCAAACAGCGGACAUUAUCCGAUCCAAGCGCAUCCUCAACACCACUAAUACCAGGAAAUUCUAUCAGAUCUCGGCGUUUAUUGGUGCCGGCGCUAUGUCUGUGGCGGUAGGAUACACGGACUGUGACCAGCGAGGCGUGGCGGUGGCGCUGCUGUCUCUCGCGGUGAUGUUCACUGGACUGUGUCGGGCGGGAUUUACAGUUAACCACGUGGAUAUUGCUCCAAAGUACGCCGGUGUGCUGUAUGGAAUCACCAACACCAUGGCGACCAUUCCGGGGAUGUUAGCACCAAUUGUUGCUGGGGAACUUACCCCAAAUAAAUCACAGUCGGAGUGGCGAUACGUUUUCUUUGUCUGUGCAGGGUUUGACGUGUUUGGCGCCAUUAUUUAUGGUUUGUUUGGCAGUGGAACGAUUCAAGAUUGGGCUCGUGAUGAGGUAGAACUGGAAGUAACUAUUGGUAACGAAAAAAUCCCCGGUAAAAACAACGCUCAGCCCAAAAAUCCAAUUACAAAAGACGAUUAUUCUAAAGAAGAAACAAAGGAAGAAAACUUGGGAGAAAAAGAAUCUCGUGAAAACGAAGGUCCGAUUUACAGUGUUGUUCAGCGCCAAAACGACCCAGAACCUCAUUCUGAUGGAGACGCCAAUGACAAUGCAAGGACAAUACAGUUUUAAAUAAAUGUAUAGUCUAUCAUUUGUAGUAUUAAUUUGAAAAUAGUACAUAAAAGC